AUGUAUAUAGUCGAUUCAGGAAACAAUCGAAUUCUUCGAUGGCCACCAAAUUCGAUUUUUGGCGAAUGUAUUGUCGCUUGUACUGGUACUGUUGGAAUUGAAGCUGAUAAGUUAUAUAUACCGAUUGCAUUGGCAUUUGAUAGCUAUGGAUCUCUCUUUAUUAGCGAAGGACUCAAUAAUCGAGUGCAGAAAUUUCAGAUAGUUGGCAGUUUUGAUUCAAGUUCAACGAUAAUAUCGACUUCGACAAUAACAACAACAACAACGACAAUAACAGAUCACACAACAUCAUUAGAAGCGUCGUCGGAGUCAAGCAAGACACAUUCAACAACAGUUGCAGUGUCAAUCGCUGUAUUGGUAGUUCUUUGUUAA